AUGGAGCAAACUUCGCCGCCGGAACCGCUGAACCGGCCUCUCCGUCUCCUCUCUUUAGACGGCGGCGGAAUCAGGGGCAUUUCGGAGCUUGUAAUACUACAGGAAAUCAUGCACCGUGUUGGCCGGGCUUUGAAAGUGGAGACACCGUUACCGGCUGACUACUUUGAUAUGAUCUGUGGAACAAGCACUGGCGGACUUAUUGCUAUUCUUCUUGGCCGCCUCCGGUUAUCAGUUCCCGAAGCUAUUGAUACAUAUCGAGCCCUGGCCAAACAAAUCUUCUCAGAGAAGAAGGCCCCUGGAAAAGACGGGACCUACAAAGCCUCCAAUCUAGAAAGGGCAAUAAAAGAAACUAUCGAGUCAAAAUUAGGCAAAGGUCAUGCGGACGAUAAUAUGUUUAUAACGGACACUGUGUCGUGCAAGACGUUUGUUUGCGCCGUUCCAGCGAUGCACGUCAACAAUCAACCGAGGCUGUUCAGAACAUGGUCCGCAGAUGAAAACCCUGGAUAUAACUGUACUAUCUGGGAAGCCGCCCGCGCGACAUCUGCUGCCCCCACCUUCUUCAAGCGUAUUUAUAUUGGCGACGCUGGAAUAGAAGAGGAAUUCAUUGAUGCCGGUAUGGGAUGUAACAAUCCCGUGCGGUAUCUUGUCGAAGAAGCAAUAAACGAAUUCGGCCCUGACAGAAAGGUAAACUGCAUCAUCAGCAUCGGAACAGGAAAGUCAAUGGCUGCUGGGUUCAAAGCCCCGAAUUUCUUUCAAAGAGCAGUGCCAUUGGACCUUAUCAAAGUCAUGAAAAAGAUGGCCACGGACUCAGAGGCUGAAGCGUCAAGGAUGAAAGAUCGACUUCGGAACUGCCAUGGACUUUAUCACCGGCUGAAUGUGGAGCAAGGACUUGAACUGGUCACCCUUCAGGAGUGGGAAAAGCUUGGAGAGGUCAAGACGCACACUGAGGCAUAUCUCCAAGACAAAAGUAUUAAACAAGAGAUAGGGGUUAUUGUAGACGCAUUAGUAGGGAAACCCUUGGAUGCUUUCCCUCUUGGACAGCUAGAUGGAGCAGUCACCGCACCCGUAAAUGCCCAUUCCUACUAUCUAUAUCCGUCGCAUCAAGUCACGCACUAUGUCGCCAGAAAAGAUUUCGUGGAUGCUAUCCAGAACCACUUCCAAAUGAGGCAACAUAAUUCAGCACCAACGAUUGCUGUCCUUUAUGGUAUGGGUGGAUGCGGCAAGACCCAGGUUGCACUCGAAUACUGUCGACAGGGACAGAAUAGAAAAUGGUUUUCUGCGAUUUUCUGGUUCGACGCAAGCACCCCAGCAAGCAUGGCGCAGUCUUUUGCCGAUAUUGCGCAUAAAUUGUCCAGGCCAGAUUUUGAUGUGGCAGAUGUCAAAGGCAACAUUAGAUUUGUUCUUAAUGCGAUAGAGACUAGGAAUAUCCACUGGCUGCUCGUCUUUGACAAUUUUGAUGAUCCGAGCGCGUUUGGCGAUGAGAAUAUCAAGGAUUAUUUCCCACGGGGGGCCCACGCGUCGAUUCUCUUCACAACUCGACACGCUGGAGUAAAGGACAUGGGACUGAGUAUUGAUGUAACAUCCAUGUUGGAUAAGGAAGCGUUGGAUCUUUUACUCAAUAGAAGCGACGUUGAGAGGUCUGAUGAGAACAUACAAGAAGGGGAAAAUAUCGUCAAGCGGCUUGGAUAUCAUGCCCUUGCUAUCGACCAGGCAGGCGCGUACAUCAAGGCAGGUGAUCUUGAUCUUUGCCUCUAUAUGGAACACUAUACCGAGCGGAAAAAAAAGGUACUCAGCGAGAUACCUGAAUUAUGGGAUUACCAACGAAGAUUGAAGACCGAUUCAGAGACCAUGACCAAGCUAACUGUGUUCACCACCUGGGAGCUGUCAGUCCAACUGAUUACUGGAACUCCAACGGAACAGAAAGACAAAAUUCAUAUCCUUACUCUUGCGGCAUUCCUAGACAGCAAAGAAGUAUCUGAAGAUCUAUUUGAAUGCUAUGGCUCUCAAAAUAUUGAUUGGCUAGUGUCCUGUGUAACAGAUGGUGUCUGGGACAAGUAUGAAGCCCAAGACAUACUGAAAGAGCUUCGAAAACUUUCACUACUUCAAAACCUGAACACCAGAGACAAUGGGACAACAUUCUCACUCCACCCUCUUAUUCAAGAUUGGGUAAAGUUGCGAGUCAUAAAUGAUCACCGAGCAUACGCUACAGAAGCAAUUCUACUGCUUUCCACCUUUCUCCAAAAGCAUCCCAUUUAUGAAAUGACUUUAAGCACACGGCAAGCUUUACUUUCUCACUUAGAGGUCGUUUUUCAAAACGAGAACAAAUAUAAAGUUCUCCAAGGAGAUCUCGAGGGGAUCAAAUUGCAUGCUGCUACGUUCUAUUUCGCAGAAUUUUUCGACAGCCAGGGUCGAUAUAAUUCGUCCGAACCAAUGAUUCGACAGGCUUUAAAAUGGACUAAAAGGGUUCUUGGCAAGGAGCAUCCCCAUACACUAUUAAGCAUGAACAACCUUGGAAUAGCCCUACAAAAACAGGGCAAGAACGACGAGGCUGAGCAAAUAUACCGACAGACGCUUCAGGUACAAGAGAGGGUUCUUGGCAAGGAGCAUCCUAAUACACUAGCAAGCAUGAACAAUCUUGGAAUAGGUCUACAAAGACAGGGCAAGAACGACGAGGCUGAGCAAAUAUACCGACAGACGCUUCAGGUACAAGAGAGGGUUCUUGGCAAGGAGCAUCCUAAUACACUAGCAAGCAUGAACAAUCUUGGAGUAGCUCUAAGAAAGCAGGGUAAGCACGACAUGGCUGAGCAAAUAUACCGACAGACGCUUCAGGAGCAUCCUGAUACACUAAAAAGCAUGAACAGCCUUGGAGUCGUCCUACAAGAACAGGGCAAGUACGAUGAGGCUGAGUUGAUGUACCGACAAUCAGCUCAGCUUGCAGAGAAGGUCCUUGGCAGGGAGCACGAGCAUACAAUAAUGUAUACAAAGAACCUUGCAGAUCUACUAGAAUUCCGGGAACGCAGCGAGCAACAAAACAUAGUUCCAACAUAAUCUUGUCAACUGUGGUAUGAUUUCGAAUUCGGGUCUGAGAAAAUAAAGGUGCAAGGGGCACUGGUUCUACGAUAUGGUUUCGUAUGGCAUUCUGUCGUCGAAAGAGCAUGAAAUCGCAAAUAGGACACUACGAGGAAACUUUGGGACGGAGUUGCAGACGAAAAAACGAAAUAGUGCAGCGUUACGACAGCUCUCAACGAAAACCCAACAGAGCCUAUAUGGACAGCAUGGAGUCUGCGUAUUGCUACGCUAUGGAUGGAAUUUAAUGAUAUCACACCCAUCCACUCUGUAUUCAGCACUCUCACCACCUCACUCCUAUUUCCCGUCACUCGCCAUCUCACAACACAAACGCAACAACAACACCCAACACCACGGCCCCCCCCGCACUCCCCAUCACCCUCCCCCCAACAUUAGGGCUCGGCGUCGGCUGCGCACCCCCAGUCCCGGUCGCAUUCGCUCCUCCUCCCGUACCUCCACCACUCCCGCCCGCUCCCCCAGUCGAAGAAUCAGACACAGCAGUCAGCACAGCCGCCGAGCAGGGCGUCACUGGGGCAUCAGUGCGCGUCACGAUGUCUGGGGCUGCGGGGGUGGAUGAUGGGCAGGUGGAGCAUGUUAUUGUUGAGUCGGCGAGGGCGGUGAGUUGGAGGGCUGUUGGGGUGGGUUAGCGGGUUUAUGUUAUGUUUGGAGAGGGGGUUAUGAGGAUUGGGUUUUGGGAGGGGAAAUACCGGAGAGAAGGGCGGCGAGGAUGACGAGUUUCAUGGCUGCGGUUUGUUGAUUUGGCUGGUUGGUUGCUUGGUGUUUAGGGGUUUGAUGAUGCAGUGGGAUUGAAGACGCGUGAGGAAUAUGUUGCGUGUGGUUUAUGAUUUAUGCGGGAGACGGGAGGGCUCGUGCCUUAUACUGUACUACGUCUUUGGAUCUGCUUGCCCAUCAGUUGGCGCUAUUAAUCAAAUUUCCCG